GAAGAAUAUUCAUCGAAUUUUUAGUGAUGUAAUAUAUAACAGCACAUUUAAAUGAACAUAAAAAAUAUGUACAGAAAUAUGUACAGAAUAUUAAUAUAUUUGUCGGACAUCUUUGAAGGAUCGAUUCUAGAGACCAAACAAUCAAAAAUAAAAAAAAUGUUAGAAAUAACAUGCAAUGAUCGUCUUGGAAAAAAAGUUAGAGUUAAAUGCAAUCCAGAUGACACAAUAGGAGAUUUAAAAAAAUUAAUAGCAGCUCAAACUGGAACUCAUUGGGAAAAAAUUGUUUUAAAAAAAUGGUAUACUAUAUAUAAGGAUCAUAUAAAAUUACAAGAUUCAAAUCAGAUGAAAUUCAUGAUGGCAUGAAUUUAGAACUUUAUUAUCAAUAAUUAAUAUUUAACAUUGUAUAAAUUAAUGUGAGAUAUAUAUAUAUAAUAACAAUAAUAAAUUUUAUAUAUUUAAGCA